AAAACAUCUCUCACUGCGGUGUAGUAUUGGUCAGCAGACCACUGCCGGAAGCUCCCAUUGGAGUGUGCUAGUGCUCUGACUUUUUUUUUCCUUCGGUCGCUAUGUUUGAAAGAGAGCCAUCCUGCUCCACAUGGCUUAUUCUGCGCUGAGCAGAGGAGCUCACUAGACUGGACACAACCUCAGGGCAGGAUUCAUACUGCUUCAUGGUUCCUCUGCAGUCACAGGGCUAUUUAACAGGAGAAGACUGAAUUGGAGAGAUUUAUUGUAGCCUUUAUUCUGAAAGAAGAAGCCAUCAUGGUUCCUUGUGGACCAGCUUUAUCAGUUGUCCGAUGUUUACUCAGAAGGAAGAUCGUAACAUUAGACAGUCUUGAAGAUUCUAAGCUAUGCCGCUGUCUGUCAACUGUGGACCUCAUCGCUCUGGGAGUUGGAAGCACUCUUGGAGCUGGAGUCUAUGUUCUUGCUGGAGAAGUGGCAAAGUCAAACUCUGGACCAAGCAUUGUCGUUUCCUUCCUUAUUGCAGCACUGGCAUCUGUAAUGGCAGGCCUCUGCUAUGCAGAGUUCGGAGCUCGGGUGCCAAAAACUGGAUCAGCUUACUUAUAUACAUAUGUCACAGUUGGAGAACUCUGGGCAUUUAUUACAGGCUGGAAUCUUAUUCUAUCUUAUGUCAUAGGUACCUCCAGUGUGGCACGGGCAUGGAGUGGCACAUUCGAUGAACUUCUAGGGAAACAGAUUGGUCAGUUUUUUAGAACAUAUUUCAGGAUGAAUUCUCCCGGUCUGGCUGAAUAUCCUGACUUUUUUGCAGUUUGUCUUAUAUUACUUUUAUCAGGGUUGCUAUCAUUCGGUGUAAAGGAAUCCGCCUGGGUGAACAAGGUGUUCACAGCAGUCAAUAUUUUGGUCCUUUUGUUUGUCAUGGUUGCUGGAUUUGUGAAAGGAGAUGUACAAAAUUGGAAAAUAUCAGAGUCCUUUCUUCAGAAUAUCUCAGCUCCACCUGGCAACUACGUGUCAUAUGAAAAUGUGACGAGUAAACACGGAGCUGGAGGUUUCAUGCCAUAUGGCAUGACUGGGAUGCUGGCUGGCGCAGCUACUUGCUUCUAUGCCUUCGUUGGAUUUGACUGCAUUGCAACAACUGGAGAAGAAGUGCGAAAUCCACAAAAAGCAAUACCCAUUGGGAUUGUGACCUCCCUGCUGGUGUGCUUCAUGGCCUACUUUGGUGUGUCAGCAGCCCUGACAUUGAUGAUGCCUUACUACCUGUUAGAUGAGAAGAGUCCUCUCCCGGUCGCCUUUCAAUAUGUUGGCUGGGGUCCUGCUAAAUACGUAGUGGCUGUCGGGUCCCUCUGUGCGCUGUCAACCAGUCUGCUCGGAUCCAUUUUCCCAAUGCCUCGCGUAAUCUAUGCUAUGGCGGAAGAUGGGUUGCUUUUCAGAUUUCUAGCUCGGAUCAGUCCCAAGACGAAGACUCCUGUAAUUGCCACCCUCUCGUCUGGUGCAGUGGCAGCUAUAAUGGCAUUUCUGUUUGACCUAAAAGCUUUGGUUGACAUGAUGUCCAUUGGAACGCUCAUGGCCUAUUCCCUUGUGGCAGCCUGUGUCCUCAUCCUCCGGUACCAGCCCGGCCUCGGUUAUGAGAAGCCUAAAUGUGUUCCAGAUAAAGAAAUGCUGUCUGCAUCAGAGAGAGAGUCAAUGACGAACGAAUCCCAAAUCAUUAUCCUACAAGAACAGGGAUUUAGCUUUCACUCCCUCCUGCACCCCCCCAGCGUACCGACAGAACAGUCUGCCUCUGUAGUCAGCUUUCUUGUGGGAAUUCUGGCAUUUAUAAUUUGUGGACUGAGUGUCCUGACAACAUAUGCAGUGGAAGCCAUAGGAAAUGUGGAGUCAUGGAGUAUCGCACUUCUUACUGUAUUAAUUUUACUCAUCAUAUUCAUUGUUUCAAUCAUCUGGAGACAACCUCAGAACCAGCACAAAAUCACGUUUAUGGUUCCACUUCUACCAGUUCUGCCGGUUUUCAGUGUCCUGGUAAAUGUGUACUUAAUGGUACAGCUGAGUGGUGACACGUGGAUCAGAUUUAGUAUUUGGAUGGCUCUUGGUCUUCUGAUUUACUUUGCUUACGGCAUAAGAAAUAGUUUAGAAGGCAAACCCAAAAAACAUGACGAAGAGGAUGAAGAUGGUGACUCUGACAACAGUGUAACUGAAGAGAAAAUGGCAGCAAAGGAAAACGAAGAGGAAAACGCAAAGGAAAGUGAUCAUUUUAUUUUACACGAAAGGACAAGUGAAUGCUAGGGAGAUCGGCACUGUGAGAAGAUGUAAGAUGCACCAUUCAUUCAAGCCACACACUGUACCUGCUUUAGGUUAUGUUAUCCAUUAUUUGAAAUGAAACGUACUGUGCACAAUGUGGUGGGAUGCCAGAAGAUGAGAGUCAGAAGAAGCUCUGCUGUAUGGAUCCAUGUGUUCUCCCAAAAACAACUACCGUACUUUCUAGAUUUUCCAAGUCUCCUAACAAGAGGAGCUUGAGGCCUUGCUGCUACAUUGCUUUAUUUUGUAUCCGCAUGUCUUAAGAUGUGUAUGCUUCUCACUGAUUGCAUCUAGAGUGAAAUGUGCAACCAGAACCUCAACCUGCAAUUUAAAUAUUUUUUUUUUUAGAUUGGGCAGUAGGCCACAUUCCUGAAUUUCCUUUUAUUUUCAGUAAAAUUCAAAAUGUAGUUUAUCUUUAUUUUUUUGGUAACCAACAGCAUUCAUGAGAUC